GAUGCAGAGUCCUAUGUCCUGAGGAUCGAGGGCAAUCUUUACACCAUCCACCUGCAGAAGCAUGCCUUUUUAUCCAAUGAUUUCCAGAUUUACAUCUCUAAUGAGCAAGGAUCUUUGCCCUCUGAUCCAGCCCACCUCCAGAAAGGCUGCCACUACCGAGGGUACAUUGAUGGCUUCCCCAGCUCGGCAGUGACCCUCAGCACCUGCUCGGGGCUCAGGGGUUUGCUGCAGUUUGAGAACAUCAGCUAUGGGAUUGAACCCCUGGGCUCUUCCUCCGAGUUCCAGCACCUCGUGUAUCAAGUGAGCCAGGACAAGACUGCAGAUUCCCUCCUGGCCCACAGCUCCACAGGGAGAGGGCUAGGUGGGCUGGCAGCAGGAGAGAUGUUGGACGAGGCCCCCAAGGAUGAUGAGCCCCUCUCAGCUGCAGCACAAUUUCCCAAAUACCUCAGUGUGUAUGUGGUUUUGGACAAGGCUUUGUAUAACUAUAUGGGGUCAGACCCGAAUGCUGCAAUGCAGAAGAUAAUCCAGGCCUUCAAUUUAGUCAACAAUAUGUUUAAUCUCCUUAAUGUCACCAUUGUGCUGUCCUCCCUGGAGCUGUGGGCAGAGGGGGAUAAAAUAUCAACAGCAGGGGAUGCAGAUGACCUUCUGCAGCGUUUUUUGCAGUGGAAACAGUCAUCUCUGGUAUUGCAGGAACACAACAUUGCUUUUCUCUUAGGGUACAGGGACCAAGGAGUGUUUGUGGGCACAACAGCUCUGGGAAAGGCAUGUCAGAGAGAUGCUGCUGCCGCAGUGGUCCUGUACCCUGGGAACGUGACACUGGAGCCAUUCUCCGUCCUUCUGGCGCAGGUGGUGAGUCGCAGCCUGGGCGUGAGCUCCGACAGCUCCCGAGCCUGCGGCUGCGCUGGGCGCGUCUGCAUCAUGAGCCCCGAGGCACUACAUUUCAGUGGGGCAAAAGCCUUCAGCAACUGCAGUGCUGGGGACUUUGCAACCUUCCUGCGGCAGGGCAGAGGCACAUGCCUUUUCCACAGACCCCGUUUGGCCAGCCUGUCCCAGCAGAGUGCGGCUGUCUGUGGGUCCCAGCAGAGUGCAGCUGUCUGUGGCAAUGGUGUGCUGGAGCCAGGCGAGCAGUGUGACUGUGGGGAGGACCAGAGAUGCCUGAAGAACAAGUGCUGCACUGAAACAUGCCAGUUGAAGCCAGGAGCGAAAUGUUCCUCUGGAUUAUGUUGUAAAAAAUGUCAGUUCAGGCGGAAGAACUCUCCGUGCCGCCCAGUUGCCGAUGCCCAGUGUGACCUGCCCGAGUACUGCAGUGGCUCCUCCGCGUCCUGUCCCUCCGACCUGUACGUGCAGGAUGGGCACAGCUGUGAGCGUGGCACCGGCUACUGCUACCACGGACGCUGCCAGUCCCGCCAGCGGCUCUUUGGCAGAGGUUCAAAGAAUGCUCCUGUGGCCUGUUACGAGGAGAUCAACAGCCAGCGGGACAGGUUUGGGAACUGUGGGUUCCAGCCCAGACAUGGGUACCAGCCCUGUGCUUGGAGGGAUCUCAGGUGUGGGAAGCUGAUCUGCACGUACCCAUCCAGCAAACCCUUCCCGUCAGCCACUGCUGCCGUGAUUUAUGCCAAAGUGCGGGAGCAUCUGUGUGUCUCUCUGGCUUAUCUGACUGUACCAGCGUGUCCAGAUCCAUGUCUGGUCCCACCAGGGACAAAGUGUGGCCCUGGAAAGGUGUGCAUAAACAACACGUGUCAGGCACGCUCUGUGCUGGGAUACACCUGUGACAGCAACGUGAAGUGCCACGGCCACGGCGUGUGCAACAACAAGGGUCAAUGCCACUGCCACGCGGGCUGGCAGCCCCCAGACUGCCGGCAGAAGAGGUCCCGCUGGUGGCGCAGCGCGGGAGGCCUGACUCUGCAGCGAGCAAGGGAGAGUGAGGAGGUCUUCUGGCUGUUACUGGGCUUUGGCCUUAUCCUGCUCAUCCUUGCCGUGGCUGUUGUCCUCAUCCUGCAGCAGCACCAGGUGCUCGGCUGCUUCUAUGGCCGGCAGUCCCCAGGCACAGAGGGUGCCAGCUGGGACACUGACAUGGAGCCAGAGAUGGAGCCAGACCAAGAGUUGAAGCAGGAGCCUGAUCUGAAGCCAGAGCCACAGAUAGAAUCAAAACUGGGCCUGGAGCUGCAGAUGGAAUCAGAGUUGGAGCAGGACCCAGACCCGGAGCUGCAGAUGGAAUCAGAGCUGGAACUGGACCUGGAGCUGAAGACAGACAUGGACCCAGCAUAA